AUGGUACGCGAGUUUCAGUCCGUGAUUGGGAAAGAGACGAGAAGACAAGCAAACCAACUAUGGGGUGGUAAGCCUGAUGUAUUGGUGGCUUGUGUGGGGAGUGGCUCAAAUGCAUUGGGAUUGUUCCAUGAGUUUGUUGGGGAUGAGGAAGUGCGGCUAGUAGGAGUGGAGGCCGCGGGACUGGGUCUGGAUUCAGGGAAACAUUCAGCUACUUUGUCCGUUGGAGAUGUUGGUGUGUACCAUGGCUCUAUGAGUUAUUUAUUGCAAGAUGAUCAAGGACAGAUACUUAGACCCCACUCGAUAGGAGUAGGGUUAGAGUAUCCAGGAGUUGGCCCGGAGAUUAGCUUUCUGAAAGAAACCGGAAGAGUCGAAUUCUACACAGCAACAGACAAAGAAGCCAUUCACGCGUGCAUGCUAUUGAGCAGAUUGGAGGGAAUAAUCCCAGCACUCGAAGCAUCUCACGCGCUCGCGUUCCUAGACAAACUUGUUCCUACUCUGCACGAUGGUGCCAAAGUGGUCGUAAAUUGCAGUGGGCGUGGCGACAAAGAUAUAGAUGCCCUUAUCUAA